AUGAAUAACGGCUAUAAUUUUUAUCGGUGGACAUGUGUGUUACUGAUUUUAGGAAGAUGUAUAGGGGAGGAGACGGCACAUAUAACCAAAAGAGAAGGGAUGCAUAUGAACAAGGUUUAUGGCGAGGGAAUUGGCACCAACACAAAAAAAGAUAAAGAAUAUUAUGGAACACCUGCACAAAAUGAAGAUGACAAACCGAUUCAACUGAUUUAUCCAAGUGAAGAUCAUUCGAUGUUGUUAUUAAAUGCAACCAAUAUGAAGUAUUUGGCAGAAAUAGACAAGCCGAUAGCAGUAGUAUCGGUAGUAGGACCUUUGCAUUCAGGGAAAAGUUUUUUGAUGAACCAGUUGCUGAAUAGAACAAACGGGUUUGAAUUAGGGCCAACAACGAUGCCUAAAACGAGGGGGUUAUGGAUGUGGAAGAACCCAAUAAAGAUAGAAAAAAGAAGAGAUCAAAAAGAAAUAGCAAAAAGCGAAUCUCAUUUCCAUCGGUCAACGAAUAACUUAAAUGAGAAUGAAUACUAUUUAUUAUUAUUGGAUAGCGAAGGCUUAUAUGCUAGCCAAGUCAACGAGAUAUAUGACGCAAAAAUUUUUGCGAUAUCCACUCUGUUGUCUUCUUAUAUAAUCUACAAUUCUGUCAAAUUCGUAGAUCAGGCAUCAAUAGAUGCCCUUAGGUUACUAGUCAAAAGAUCACACUUAUUCGAAUUGAGAAUGGAACUAAGGGAAAAAGUAGAAGAAGAGGAAGAAGAAGGGGUCUAUUUAGGAUGGUUGAAAGAGAGCGGGAGACAUUUAAAGAUGCCAAAGCUACUGUGGGUUAUUCAAGAUUUUGUACAGGUAAUGGAAAAAGACCAAUCUCCAAAGGAAUGGUUAAAUUCAAUGAUGGCAAUCAACAGAGAAGAGGAUGACGAUGAUGACGCAAAGAAACCAUUCGACCAAGUAUUUAGAGAAAUUGAUUGUUAUACAUUGUUUCUGCCUCAAUACGAAAAGCAUAAACUGGUUCGGCUAGACUUGAUUGAACCAUAUGAAUUAUUAGAAGAGUACAAACGUGACAUGGAGGGAUUGAGAAAAAAAGUGUUUGAGGAAGCACCUAUCAAGGAGGAUGAAGAAGGGGAAUGUGAUGGUGCUAGACUAAGCAGAUGGUUACAGAGAUUGGUACUGGCUGCAAAUAAAGGAAUGUUUCCAGAAGUGCCUUCUAUGUGGACGAGUUUUCAAAGAUUACAGAAAAAAAAGGCCGUAGAAGAUGCAGUCCAAUAUUUUGAGCAUGAAUUACGGAAGGAAGUGGUGGAAAGAAAGGAAAUUGGAGAGAAGAGAAUGAUGAACAGAAGAGAAAUGAAAGAGGUUACAGAUCAACUAAGGAAAGAGGCUAAGACGAUACUUGAAAGAAUGGUUUACGGGCUGAUUGAAGAGGAGAAAAAAGAAUAUACUGUCAACUUGAACCAAAUGCCAUCUUUGGACCAAAAUUCAUAUCAAUCUUACAAUACAUCAACUGAUAAGAUAGAAAGUAAUAUGACGUUGUCUCAAAAGUUUGACUUUAAAAUUAAUUUGUUGAUCGAUACUUAUGUGCGUCUAAAUGAAUAUUAUAUUGCACAAUAUUGUGAAGAAUGUUAUCGAAAGAAGAUAGGCCAUUUCAUGGAGAAGAUAGAGGCGUUGAAUUUGCCCAUAAAUUUGAAAUUGCUAGAGACAAAACGAAAUGAAUGGUACGAAGAAGAGACAUCAAACUAUAGAGAGCUAGUAAGGGUUUAUCUGGAAGAGGAAGAAACAAAAGAAAAAAAAGUUUGUAGUGAAUAUGAGACAGAAUUAGGAAAGAGAAUAGAUCUUGAAUGGAAAAACAUUUGGGAAGAAAAUUUACAAAAGUUAGACACCAAAUUGAAAAAAGAGUUAGAAGUAUUAGAAAAUAAAGAAAGAAGAACAUUGGAACGCCAGAUUAAGAGCAAAAUAGAGGAACAAGAAAAAGAGGGAUCUAAAAAGGGUUAUAUUGUCUCCGGUGAAAAGGCGAAUUCUCUUUUACCAUUAAAGAAUAAAGUUGAUGACAUUUUGGAACAAAAAGAUACCUUAUCUCACCAAUUAAUUUUACCGUUUAAAUCACGGUCACAAUCUACUAGUAUAUCCGAGAAACAUCGAGUAUUGAUACUUUCCCAACCGUCUAAAAAAUUUUUAAAGUACUCUUCAUAUCAUGUCAUUUCUCCGUCUACCCUCUUAGCGCUGUUUUCGCAAUCCGGCCAAGAAGCUCAAGCAUAUUGGAAAAAUAACAUUAUCGAUCCUUACUGUCUAGAUCAUAGCCCAGAUUUUAAAGCACAAUGGGAUUCCAAGGUUUCUCACAUUCUUAAUCAGCUUUUUCAUGAAUUCAAAGUUCAGCAAGAUGAGCUCCUGUCUUUAGUUUUAGAUGAACAAUUUUUAUAUUUUACCCAAUGGUUAUCCAAUUUGCUGGAUCAAUACAUCCCCCUGCCUCAACCAAAACAUCAACUUUACGUUUAUGUCACCUCUCUGUAUGACCAACUUAUUGAGUAUUACGAUGAAACCUUCUCUCAUUUGGCUCACCUUGAUUCUGUCAUGGCUAAAAAAUCCAAAUUAUAUCUUGCUUUUAAAGAUGAAUUGGCCGAAAUCGAACGUCGUAACGAACGAAAAUUGGAUUUCAUCUUGUCUAUUACCCUUCCCACCUUCAAAGAUGAAAUUGAACAGACUGUGCUAUCUUACUGGAUCCCUCAGGAUGCUAUCCACUUUGCAAAAACUCAGAUGAUCAAAAAACUUAGAGAACGCGAACAUGUAGUUGAUGAGCAAAUUGCUCAUGAACUGGCCGAUCGGUUUAUACAAAAAUAUUUAGAAAAGUCUAUAGAGCAUAUCAGAAACCGACUCAUUUUGUUAGUUGGGUUCAUUGUUACUUCGUUUGCCUUCAUCCUUAUAGGUAUUAAAUUGAAUCAACUCUAG